AUGCCGACCUAUCACUCACAGUUCCUAAACCCCCCUCAGCUUAUUGGCAACAUGGCAUUGCUGCCUGUGCGGACACAGUACAAGGGACCAGCUGCAAUAUAUUUCUUCAAGGCCAAUAUUUUCUUUCGUAACUAUGAAAUCAAGAGUCAGGCUGACAUGACGCUGAUUUACAUAGCCCUGUACAUCAGCGAGUGCCUCAAGAAGCUACAGCGAUGCUCAUCAAGAAGCCAGGGAGAUACGGAGAUGUACACCCUUGGGAUCUCCAAUUUUCCUAUCCCGGGAGAGCCAGGGUUUCCCCUCAAUGCCAUGUACAGCAAGCCUGCCAACAAAGCAGAGGAUGAUACCAUGAGGCAGUACCUUCAACAGCUAAGGCAGGAAACUGGGGUGAGGCUGUUGGACAAAGUCUUUGACCAGAAUGAUAAACCCAACAAGUGGUGGCUAUGUUUUGCCAAGCGGAGGUUUAUGGACAAGAGCCUGUCUGCUCCAGGAUUCUAA